AUGAAGAAAACUUCCAAACGGAGGGGUAACAACCUUCAGAAUCUUGUUCAGAAUAGGCCAACAAAACGUCCAAAGCCAACUGGACCUAUCCGCCACCUUGAUCCCGCAUGGAGGGUGAAUCCGUCCUUUGAGAGCGCAGAGAAGGACCCUAUCCCCGAGCUCCCACCGCCAGAAAAGCACGAGCCUGUCUACUUUCCUAUCUCGACGAAGGGUGUAAGCUUCGCAGACCAGAAGCUGUUGUACUGUGGCGACGAUCAGGAGGAGCUUGAUGCGAGUCCCGAGAACUGGCAAAGGUAUCGCAUCCUUGUAAAGAAAGGGGACGCGCUCGUUGUUGAGCUUUGGAGGGGAAUAUGGCUAUUACAUGAUUGGGAUGAGACAAAGCUUGUACCCUCAGCAUCUAAAUUCUGCCAUGUCUCAGUUCACAAUGAGCAGGUCUCAUGUGACUGCUCAGCAGCCAAGAAGCGCCUCACAGCGGCUAAAAAAGGAAGCCUCUCAGCGGGCGACCAGCGCCGCCUGUGUACCCAUUGCGAUCUUUUCCUCCACUGUAACGACAUGUUCCCGUCUACAACCAACUCCACCCAGCUUCAGCCCGUCGUCAGUUUCGCUCUGAGCGGCAUAUCCAUCUUCCCACUGUUUUUUUCCAUCCAACAGUCAGGCAGCUCAGCCAUCGGCUACCACAACUCUGGCAAAAGGGUAGUGACCAUGUAUCUGGGGAAUGAUAGAUGGCGCUGCAGCUGCCAGACCCACAACACCUGCGAGCAUAUGCACAAGGCGGUCGCUUUCUCUUUCGAGAAUGAUCUGGCCACUAGGAGCGAUGAUGGCGCCUUCGUGUUGUCGGAUAAGAUACCAAUCAUCGAGGUCGACAGUGACGAGCAAAAGGAGCUCUACUUGUCUGCUUCCUCCUUUCGUCAAGAAACGAUUUCCCAUAAAACCAUCUCAAGCCCUUUCCAUUUCCAUCGCGAAACGGAUCCCGUUCCCUCUCAACGGCCUGCUUAUAUCGAAACGCAACAUGGCACGCUCGUUCUGGACAUGUGUGCGCUUUCGAAGCAAAGAGAGGUAGCGGCUUACUCUGCCGUUGACAACAAAGAACACACUAUUGGAGACGACGCAUAUGCUUGA